AAGUGGGGGCCGCCAAUGAGCGGCGCGCAGAGUCGGGGCGUGUCCUCCGCCUCCCCAGGGCCCGACUCCGGCGACUGGCGCUGCCCAACGGGGUUCCCGGGAAGGCGGGCCCGGGGAGCGUUCUCCAAUCGGCAUGGCCGACCGGCCUCCGCCGCCAUAGGUGGAGCCGCCGGGCGCGGGGCGGGCCGGAGCUGGGCUCCCCCAAUGGGCGGCGGCCAGGGGGCGUGGCGGCGCGGAGGCCCGCGGCGGGCGGCGGCCGCAGUCCCCAGCGCGCGCUGGCUGCGGCGGCCGCUCGGCAGCAUGGCCGGCCUGGGGCGGCCGGGCCCCGGACCCCGCACGGCGCUCCCCGCCUGGAAACGGGAGAUCCUGGAGCGGAAGCGGGCCAAGCUGGCUGCCCUGGGCGGGGGAGCAGCGCCGGGCGCCGACGCCGGUACUGGGACUGGCGCGGCGGAGCCCGCGGGGCCGGCAGACGAGCGGCUCGUGCUGGCCGAGAGCCUGGGCCCGCUGCGCGACAACCCGUUCAUGCGGCUCGAGUCGGAGCGGCGACGCGGGGCGCGGCGCGGCGGGGGUGCGGGGCCGGCCGGGGCGCGGCCAGUGCAGCAGCUGCUGGAGCUGUACCGCCGCGUGCCGGGCGUGCGCACCAUCCGCGCUGACAACAUUCUCAUCAUCGAGUCGGCGCCCGGCUUUCCUCCCGCCGGUCCCGGCCCUGGACCGGCCGCCCGUAUCCGCGCCGCCGAGGUGCUGGUGUACGAGGCGCCGCCGCCGCCCGGCCGCGUCAGCCGCCUGCUCCAGAAGUUCGACGCGCCGACUGCGCCGCGCCGCCGCGGGAGUCCGGAGCGCGGCCGCCCCCCGCCGCCGCCGCCGCCGCCGCCGCCGCCGGCCGCCCCGCGCGUGAGCGACCGUGUCGGCCGCCUGGAGCCCGAGCGCCCCGGCGCGGUCUCCGGGGCCCGGCGCAGCGACUUCCUGCAGAAGACCGGCAGCAACUCCUUCACCGUCCACCCCCGGGGCCUGCGCCGUGAGGUGGGCACCUCUCCGCUCCCCAACGGGCCCUCGGUUCCCGAGCCCCAGGCUGACGCUGCCAACGACCUCGCGGGCUCUGCGCCUGGGCUGGGGGAGCGGAAGCCAAAGGUGGAGUUGGGGGAACCCCCCGCCCACCCUCCCUCCAGCCCUGGGACCCCUAGUGCCACUCCAGCCGCGCCCCUGGCUUUGUCUACGUCUUGCCCUGUCAGUGCCACUGCCAGCCAGCGCCAGUGGGUCUCCGCGGCCACUAGCGCCAACGACUCCUUCGAGAUACGGCCGGCCUCCAGGCCAGACAUGGACACGAUCCCUGCUGGGGACCUCCAGGCCCGGGCCCUGGCCAGCCUCCGUGUGAACUCCCGAAACUCUUUCGUGGUCAUCCCCAAGCGCAAGGACUCUGGGACCUCUGCUCCCAAAGGGAGGCAGUUUGUGGGGCCGCCAGAGGGAGAGGUUGGCUGGGUGUCCCAACCCCCAGAGUACAAAGCCCAGCAGGUUCCUGGAGGAGGUGGCUCCACUGCUGGUGGGAGGGGCCCCUCGGGCAUUGAGGAGGGGGUCAGGCCAGCCACCGCCCUUGUGGACCGGGCUGUUAGGUGGCAGAGGCCGUCCUCGCCACCCCCAUCCCUGAGAGCUGCUGUUGAAGCUGAGCAAGCCCAGAGCUUCAUUUUUCCUGGCUUGGCCAAGAAUGGUGGAGAGCUUGGGGGGCAGGGGCUGCCUGUCACCUUCAUUGACGAGUUGGAUUCAGAGGAUGAGGUUCCCCAAGAAGCCAAACUGCCCUGCUCGGGGGCCAAUGUGCCUCCCAGAUACCACCCACACCCUGCCGGGCCUGGGCACCCAUCAGAGCUCCAGCACCGAGGUGGUAACACCUUCACGGUGGUGCCCAAGAGGAAGCCAGGGGCCCUGCAGGCCAGUGGGAAGCCUGGGCCACAGGAGGCUGAGGAAGAGGAGGUGGGCAGCCUGUUGGAGCCAACUGCCCCCCUGGGGACUGCACUGAAGAAGCGUUACCCCACCGUGCAUGAGAUUGAGGUGAUUGGUGGCUACCUGGCACUGCAGAAGUCCUGCCUCACCAAGGCUGGCUCCUCAAGAAAGAAGAUGAAGAUCUCUUUUAAUGAUAAGCGCCUGCAGACCACAUUUGAGUACCCUCCCGAGAGCUCCCUGGUGCAGGAGGAGGAGGAGGAGGAGGCGGAGGAGGCGGAGGAGGCGGAGGCAGCCGAGGAGGCCACUGCGUCUGGCCCGGGUGGGGCGGUGGAGAAGCCCUUUGCAUUCUUCCUGCCUCGAGCCACACUUGUGAACAGUGUGGGGCCCGAGAGCCCUCGGCUGCUAGAUGGCAGCUCAGGCCUGUCCAGCUACACUCCGAAGCACUCCGUGGCCUUCAGCAAGUGGCAGGAGCAGACGCUGGAGCAGGCUUCAGGAGAGGUGGAGCCUGCCCCGCGGGGGGCCAUGCUCACCCCUGCCAGUCAGAACGACCUCUCGGAUUUCCGCAGCGAGCCAGCUCUCUAUUUCUGACCCAGCCUGCUGGGACGGCCAAAGCUGGACUGGGCAGUCCCUGGGAGCCCUGUCCCCAUUCUGCACCCCACUUCCGCCCUGCCAGGCACUCCCCCUACCCUGGUACCCCACCCUUCCCUCCUGGGGCCUCACAGCUCUGCAGAUGCUCAGCCUGAGCCAGGCACCUGGGCCUCUCCUUCCCUAGGGGCUCUGCUUGAGCAGGAGGGCCAGGGUCCUUGCGGCUGGAAUCCCACCUAGCGGCUCUUGGGUGUGCCCAGAAUGAAGGUCAGGCCGGGCUCCCUGUCCUCUGCCCUCCCAAGCUCACUCCCCCAGUGGUGGAGCUCAGCUCACCCCCCUCUGUGAAUGGCAAGUCUUUCCUUGCCUCUGAGAGACUCAAUAAACAGCACUGGACGAG